AUGGAACUUCGGUACAUUGGUGGUGUGUACGGAGGGAACAUUAAACCCACACCAUUCCUCUGCCUGGUGUUGAAAAUGUUGCAGAUACAGCCAGAAAAGGACAUUGUUGUUGAAUUUAUUAAGAACGAAGAAUUUAAAUAUGUUCGUGCUCUUGGUGCUUUGUAUAUGAGGUUAGUAGGCACUUCUUUAGAUUGCUACAAAUAUUUGGAACCGCUGUUCAACGACAGCAGGAAGUUACGCCGGCAGAAUAGGAGCGGCAGUUUUGAACUUGUACAUAUGGACGAAUUUAUUGAUGAAUUAUUGCGUGAAGAACGAAUGUGUGAUAUAAUACUCCCACGUAUUCAGAAACGACAUGUUUUGGAAGAAAAUAAUGAACUCGAAGCUAAAGUGUCUGCGUUGGAAGAUGAUUUAGAAGAAGGUAUGGAAUCAUCCGGAGAUGAAGACGAUGCACCGGUGAAAGCUCCUGAACCUCCACCUGCCCCAGUAGAUAACCACUGGCCAACAUCUCGGAGCGGGGGUGGUGGAGGCGGGGGAGGAGGUGCCGGUGGUGGAGGAGGGCGUGAAGAAAAGACGAGACGCCCAUCGCCCCCGCGUCGCCGCAGCCCAUCUCGAGACCGAGACAGGGAUCGAGCUCGGGAGCGUGACAGGGAUCGGCGCCGCAGCCGGGAGCGUGAUCGACGAGGCACAGAACGAGACGUUAAAAAGGCCCGUCGGAGCCGCAGUCGUGAUCGACGGCACCGUUCAAAAUCCCCCAUCGUGGCAAGCGGACGACGUGAUCGUGAUCGUGACAGGGAUCAUCGAACAACACGGGAUAACAGGGAUACAAGAGACACCCGUGACAACAGAGAUAUGCGAGAUGGCAGAGACAACCGUGACAUGCGCGACAGAGACAGAGAUAAUAGAGAUACCAGAGAUAGUCGAGAUACCAGGGAUAAUAGGGACAAUCGUGAUACCCGUGACAAUAGGGAUAAUCGUGAUAACAGGGACAGCAGAGACAUGCGUGAUAGUCGAGACAAUAGGGAUUCGGACAGGCGUCGUGACAGAGAUGUUGAUAGAGGGCGAGCUCGCUAUUAG